UAUUUUCAAGGAUUCUUUGCAAAUACAAGUUCGGGAAUCAAUAUACAUCAUAAUGUGAAGAAAUCCUGCGAGUGCGUGUCUGUUGUGAUCUGAAAUCUAUACUCGGAAGUUGAUUCGCGAAGCAAGAUUUUCCCCGAAUUUCAAUCAUCUGAAAUUCAUGGCGUUCACGCUACUCAGAAUUCCUGCUAGUUUGUAUCCGUGUCAUCAACUAUAAGAGAAGACAUCACAUAUGUAGGCUGAAAAGCUUCGAUCCCGUCCAAGAAAAGGAAAUCCGUGCCUUUCCAAAAUGACGAUAUCGUAUACGAGUGACGUUGCGACCAGUUCCGGAUUCGGAUGCUUCUGGAAAGUGCUGUGGAGAUGGAAAGGAUCAAUUUACAAAUUGGUGUGGAAGGACUUGUUUGCGUUCUUGCUGUCGUAUUUUGGAAUAAGUGCUGCGUAUCGCUUUGCCUUGGACGAGCCUUCAAAAAAAUAUUUCGAGCAAGUCGUCAUCUAUGUGAGCAAGUCGUACACGAAAUUAAUCCCGUUAUCCUUCGUCCUCGGUUUCUAUGUGUCCAUUAUCAUGACACGCUGGUGGAACCAAGUCAGCGGAGUGCCAUGGCCUGACACCGUGUCUCUUUAUGUCAAUUCCUGCAUGACGAACAACAAGUCUCCAAGAGCCAGGAUGUUCAGACGAACAAUUGUGCGGUACUUGAACCUUGCAUUCGUGAUCUCCAUGUCAAAAGUGAGUCCGCGUGUCAAGAGACGGUUUCCAACCCUGGAUCACAUCAUUGAAGCAGGUCUUCUGAAUGACCACGAGAAGUCGCUGCUUGGUGGGAUCGACAAAAAAUCGCAGUAUUCGAACUGGUUCGUGCCCAUCGUCUGGUGUGCCGGGGUCGCGAAACAAGCCCAACGAGAAGGCAUGUUUAUUGGCGAACAAUCAUACUUGGCACUGCUCAGCAGGAUCACAGAUUUUCGAGGAGCAUGUGGAAAUAUUUUGAACUACGAUUGGAUCAGUGUGCCUCUCGUCUACACCCAGGUGGUGACGUUUGCAGUGUACGCUUAUUUCCUGGCUGAUCUUUUCGGCAACCAGUGGAUUGAAGCCGGAGAUAUUGACAUGUAUUUUCCUAUCUUCCCUUGUUUGCAGUUUUUAUUUUACAUGGGUUGGCUCAAAGUGGCUGAAGUUCUCAUCAACCCUUUCGGUGACGACGACGAAGACUUCGAGCUCAACUGGGUCAUUGACAGAAAUAUUCAGAUUGCGUAUUUGGUGGCCGACGAUUUGCACGAGUCGCAUCCGGAAGUGAGCAAGGACGUGCACUGGAUCGAAGGCGUCCCUCAGGACAUCCCGCACACGAUCGCGUCCGAGAUGCAAAAGGAGGAGCCGUUUAUCGAGGGCUCGACGGCGCACAUCACCGCCGAAUCCAUGCAGGAAGAUGCGGACAUUGCGCCGCCGCGGGCCAAGACGCCGCUGUUGGACGACUUGUCGCAGGCGUCGGUUUCCCACUCCCCGGCACUGUUGAAGGAAGACGAAUAUCCUGCAAUUUUCGGUCUGGAAAUGAGGCAGCAGGUGGCGAAAAUAAAACCAUACGAGCGAGAUCCCGCCAAUAAACACAGCGUGACGUCGUGA